AUGAUGAAUACUCUUCUAAUCAGUGUUGCUUUUGAGUUGAUACCACAGCCCCCAUAUGUUGUGCAAUGCGAGAAAGAGAGAGGAGAAGGGAAUUUGAAUAUGGGGUAUUUUAAGGUAUAUCCCGUGGAUGCUCUUCCAAUCAGCGUUGCUUUUGAGGUGGUAGUGCAGGGCCUACCCACACUUUUGCUGUCUGUUCUGAAAUCUGAUAUUAUAUCCAUGUCCCCAUUUGCAAUCAACUUGAACAAGUUUUCACGCAGCAAUCUUCCACCAAAGAGCAAGGCAUUUCUCAGAGAAGAGGUGGAGAUGCAGGGAAAACUUUGGGGGGUGCAAAAAGUAAAGGUUAAGAGAAAGAAACAGAGAAACCCUAGCGAAGCCAUUGAAGAGAUGAUUCUUCGCAGAAUCGCAGUUGCAAGCAGGUCAUACUACACGAGCAGGACGAAGAAACCGAGCCUGUACUCGAAAAUCAGUCCCCUCGGAAAUCCCAACACCAGUGUGGUACCAGUGCUCGACGAUUGGAUCUACAAGGGGAACAAGGUCCGAGUCGCAGAACUUCAUCGCAUCAUUCGCGACCUUCGCAAACGCAGUAGGUUCUCCCAAGCUCUCCAGGUAUCUGAGUGGAUGUACAUGAAUGGUGUGUGCAUAUUCUCUCCAACGGAACACGCGGUGCAUUUGGAUCUGGUUGGCAAGGUUCAGGGAUUCUCUUCUGCAGAAAGCUAUUUCGAUGCCUUGAGGGAUAAAGACAAAACCGAUAAGACCUACGGUGCUCUCUUGAAUUGCUAUGUCCGCCAGCGCGAAACUGACAAGGCUCUGUCUCAUUUGCAGAAAAUGAAGGAGUUGGGGUUCGCUUCGUCUCCUCUAACUUACAAUGACAUUAUGUGUCUGUAUACAAACAUUGGACAGCAUGAGAAGGUUCCUGAUGUGCUAAGUGAGAUGAAAAAAAAACAAGUCUUGCCUGAUAACUUUAGCUACAGGAUCUGUAUAAAUUCUUAUGGAGUGAGGUCUGAUAUUGGUGGAAUGGAAAGAGUACUGAAAGAGAUGGAGACUCAACCACACAUUGUGAUGGAUUGGAACACUUACUCUAUCGUAGCCAAUUUUUAUAUAAAAGCUGGGCGUACAAGGGAGGCAGUGUAUGCACUAAAGAAAUCUGAGGAAAGGCUAAAUAAUAAAGAUGGCCAGGGUUACAAUCAUCUCAUCUCUCUGUAUGCACGACUUGAUUUGAAGAAUGAGGUCAUGAGAAUAUGGGAUCUGGAGAAAAAUGCUUGCAACAGGUGCAUAAACAGGGAUUUCACGACCUUGUUAGAAUCUCUGGUAAAGCUUGGGGAGCUCAAUGAAGCUGAGAAAAUACUUUUGGAAUGGGAAUCCUCUGGCAAUUGUUAUGAUUUCGGAAUCCCUUGUAUUGUAAUCAUUGGGUAUGCACAAAAAGGUUUGCAUGAGAAAGCCGAGGCCAUGCUCCUAGAGUUACAAAAUAAGGAAAAGGUCACUACCCCAAACUGUUGGUCGAUAGUGGCAGGUGGAUACAUUCACAAGGGUGAGAUGGAGAAAGCAUUGAGGUGCUUUAGAACUGCCCUCUCUAUGUACGUGGAAAAUAAAGGGUGGAAGCCUAACGCAAAGGUGGUUGCAGAACUAUUGCGUUGGAUUGCUGAUAACGGCAGUAUUGAAGAUGCAGAAGAUUUUGUCAGAUUAUUAAGAAAUGCCGUCCCAGUCAAUAGACAAAUGUAUCACACCCUAAUCAAGGCUUAUAUUCGAGGUGGUAAAGAAGUGGAUGAGCUUUUAGACCACAUGGAGAAAGAUGGCAUCGAUGAAAACAAAGAAACUAAGAAAAUCAUUACAUCAUGA